ACCACAACAAAUCCGUCGCACAAAGCAUGCGUCAUUUAGCACUACGAUCCAGCAGAUCGCUCCGGGUCCACAACAGUGGCUCGGUAAAAUCGCAUUUCGCGGGAAGAACCAAGUGCCUUACGCGGCAUGAGUGUUCCUGGUGACUUCAUGGAGGCCAAGUCGGAUCAGGGAGUGAAGCCUGACCACGGCCUCGCAGACCUUCCCAGCGGGCCCCUGGACCUGUACCGGAAGAGAGCCUCUUUCAACUGGAAGGACAUGGUUCUCUUCAUGGAGGGAGAGGAUGUAAUGGCUUUCAAGCGACACGUCUACACCACGCUAGAAAACGACCCGCUGUUUGCCCGCCAGCCUGGGGAGGACGUUUCCCUGGAGACGAUGCGAGAGCUGACGUUCCGCAGGGUCAAGCAACUGUUCCGGUACGACUUCCUGACCCGCGAUGACAUCAUGCAGAACCCUUGGAAGACCGUGGUGCUCAACGACUGCCUGGGGAGCUACGAUUGGUCCGUGGGCGCCAAGUACUUCCUCAACAAGGGGAUGUUUGGGUCCACUGUGGCUACCUCGGGAUCCCAGAGACAUAACUCUUUUGUUCAAAACACAGACGACAUGAUGACAUUUGGGUGUUUUGCGCUGACAGAGUUGAGCCAUGGCAGCAACACCAGGGCCAUGAGGACGACAGCCAAGUACGACCCCUCGACACAGGAGUUUGUGAUCCACUCCCCAGACUUUGAGGCUGCUAAGUUCUGGGUGGGAAACCUGGGGAAGACGGCCACUCACGCCUUGGUGUACGCCCAGCUGUACACCCCCGAUGGGGCCUGCCACGGCCUGCACUCCUUCGUGGUCCAGGAGAAGCCAGGGCUGGACGUCUGUGUUGAAAGAAGUGUUAACGAGGCUGUGUGUGAGACUCUCACAUUGUACUCUGUGUGGUUGUCUGCGCGCACGCGUGUGUGUGUGUCUGCGCCCUCAUGUGUGUGUGUGCAGGUGUACUACUCCCGCUCUCUGGCCAUCGUCUACAUCGAGCACACGGUCCUGCAGAGGUUCCACGACCUGACGAGAGACGAGGACACCCCAGCUGACCUCAGACCAGUCCUGCAGCGCCUCUGCUGCCUCUACGGCCUCUGGAGCCUCAACAACCACAUGGCCACACUGUACCAGGGUGCUUACGUCUCAGGGAGGGAGCCGGCUGAAACGGUCCAGAUGGCCAUCCUCACUCUCUGCUCUCUGCUGAAGGAUGAGGCUGUGACCCUGGUAGACGCCAUCGCCCCCCCGGACUUCAUCCUCAACUCCCCCAUCGGCAAGGCAGACGGAGAGCUGUACAAGAACUUGUGGUCCACCGUGAUGCAGGGGAACAAGGUUCUAGAACGUCCGUCCUGGUGGAAAGAGUUCUGUUCCGACAAGCCGGAGGUGGGUUCUCUCCGGGCCAAGCUCUAGAACUCUGGAACUUUGUGAGCUCUGGGUUCUGUGAAGGUCAGAGGUCAACAGGAAGUCAAUCAGCCGUCUCAAAUUCCACCAUUUAAUAUCACUGUUCCAUAGGACGAAAAUAAUUGGAAUGUUAAUUUUGGAAUCGCUGCUUUUAAAGGGAAGUUCUGGAUUGUAUUGUGUUUAUCAUAGAACAAGAUCAAGCAUCAGUGCUGAAUAUCAAUAUUCUAAUACAUGUUAUAUCUUAUUCAGUGGAAAUGAUCUAUUCUAACAUUGCAAUAUGUUGCUUUUAAAUUCACAUUCUGCCUGAUGUUGUCAUUAAUUAUAUUAAUUCAUGAAUUUACUUGUGAUAUAUUAGACACGGUUUGCUAAGUUGAAUUGCCAAAUAAAGCCAUGGAGGGCUAAUGUUUAAUAUAGGCCUGUUAAUACCACUUAACUUUGAUGAUAAGGACUGGGAAAAUCUUGCAGAAUAUUUGUAAAAUAUUGAAAUGAAAUAAAAGGAUUUUUACUUGUGUAAUUACAUA